AUGUCGACGUCGCAACCGACCAAUGUCUUCCUGACUGGAGCGACAGGUUACUUGGGCGGCGCGAUUCUGCAGUGGUUGAUGCAGGACCCCCGUAUGGCCAUUACCGUACUCGUGCGCAACAAGGACAAGGCAGACGAGCUCGAGCGGCUUGGCGUGAAGACCGUCCUUGGUUCUCUGGAUGAUACGACGUUCAUGAAGUCCGAGGGGGCGAAGGCGGACGUGAUUCUACAGAAUGCGGCUUACGAUCACCUCGAUGCAGUCAAUGCGCUACUCAGGGGCGCGAAGGCUCGCUUUCAGCGGACGCUCAAGCAACUUAUAUUUAUCCACACUUCCGUGCCGGGAGGAUGGGCCACACUAGAUGCAAUGGGGCAGUACACCUCAGAGCAGAGGAUAUCGGACGUAGAUCCCAACCUUGACAACCUCACGAACAUGUCUCUCCCACACAUCGCCGUUCACAAGGCUCUAAUCGCCGCGGAUAGAGAAGGCUAUAUACGGUCGUAUAUCGUGUACCCGUCGGUUGUUUACGGCGCUCUGAGAGGUCCACUCGUCGAUACUGGAAUCGCACACCGGUAUAGCAUAGCUAUCCCCAUGGCCAUCAAUUCAAGUAUUCAGCGCGGACAAGGAGCUCAGGUUGGACUCGGUGUGAACAGGUGGUCCGGCGUACAUAUCGACGAUAUGACAAAGUUGUACAAGAUUAUAUUUGAGCAUGCACUUGCAGAAGACGCGCCUCACGGCUCUGAAGGACACUACAUAGCGGAAAAUGGCGAGUUCAGCUUCGCAGAUGCAGCAAAACGGUACACCUUCGUUCUUCAUGCGCACGGCAAAAGCGUCCGAGCGGAGCCAGAGGCUUUCACGACCGCCGAGAUCAAGAGUAACCCGAUGAUAUCUUUCUUGGGUAUAGAUGUUCGCAUCAAAGGCGAUCGCGCGCGUCGGUUAGGAUGGAGCCCGACACAUCUUAUUGGCGAGUUCUUUGAGAGUGUUCAGGAGGAUACCGAGGCCAUUCUCGAGGGAAAGAAUCUUGUCUUUAAGAACCCUAUGCGGCAAAGUGAUCCACCACAUGCCUCUGUGUUGUAA